AUAAAAAGAGGCCAUCGACCGUUUCAAUCCCGCAGCCUUCUGUUGUUCUGAACUUUUGGAAAUCGCUCAGGUCAGAAUGGGUAGAUUUGGCGGAUUCCCUCUGCUGGUGGUGCUGUGGUGUGGACUGGCUCACUCUCUGGACAAUCUCUCUCUGGAUGAGGCUUGGGAGAGCUGGAAAAUCACUCACAAGAGGGAGUACAAUGGCCUGAAUGAGGAGUCUAUUCGACGGACGAUUUGGGAGAAGAACAUGCUGUUUAUUGAGGCCCAUAAUAAAGAGUAUGAACUUGGGAUUCAUACCUAUGAUCUGGGCAUGAACCAUUUUGGUGACAUGACACUAGAAGAAGUGGCAGAGAAAGUGAUGGGUCUUCAGAUGCCCAUGUACCGCGAUCCAGCAAACACAUUUGUGCCUGAUGACAGAGUGGGAAAGUUGCCCAAAUCAAUUGACUACCGUAAACUGGGAUACGUCACUUCGGUGAAGAACCAAGGAUCAUGCGGCUCCUGCUGGGCGUUCAGCUCUGUUGGUGCCCUUGAAGGCCAGCUGAUGAAGACCAAAGGUCAGCUGGUGGACCUCAGUCCUCAGAACCUGGUGGACUGUGUGACAGAAAAUGACGGCUGUGGUGGAGGAUAUAUGACAAACGCCUUCAGAUACGUCAGCAACAACCAAGGCAUUGAUUCAGAGGAGAGCUACCCCUACGUUGGAACGGAUCAGCAGUGUGCCUACAACACUUCAGGAGUAGCAGCCAGCUGUAGAGGCUAUAAAGAGAUUCCUCAGGGUAACGAGAGGGCACUGACCGCCGCCGUGGCCAAUGUGGGACCCGUGUCAGUUGGCAUAGAUGCCAUGCAGUCCACCUUCCUGUACUACAAAAGCGGUGUAUACUAUGACCCAAACUGCAACAAGGAAGAUGUCAACCACGCAGUGCUGGCUGUGGGCUACGGAGCCACACCGAGAGGCAAGAAGUACUGGAUUGUGAAGAACAGCUGGGGUGAAGAGUGGGGAAAGAAGGGCUAUGUCCUGAUGGCUCGUAACCGAAACAAUGCUUGCGGUAUUGCAAACCUGGCCAGUUUUCCCGUCAUGUGAGAGCUGGAAGAACUAGAUCAAACUUGUCUGCUGCUGACCAGUACCAAAAAAGGGACUCAAUCACUAUCACUGCAACAUGAAACCAUGCUUGGGGAAAUGCUUUCAAAAAGAGGCAUUUGAUUUUAAUAACACAAGGUUGUGGUCCUAUUUUGUCUUAGAUGUCUUGUUCUUUAUCCAGCAGUAAGAAUUGUUUUGUGCAAUAUUUGAGAUUUAGAAGGGAAGUUUUGAUAUUGAGUAUGCAGUCAGUUUAUAUUUGAUUCUUUCUUUCCUUUUUUUAUUCCCCUGGAGGGAUCGGAUCUCUGAAACACGUGUUUUAUGAUGUUUUGAUUAAAGAAAUUACUUUUUUGACCAUUAAUUCUGAGUGCAUCACAUUUGAGUACAUCAAAUAUGUCUGAUGUAAGUUUUUAAAUUACACUAACAGACUGAUAGCGAGACAGUUUCACAUCUCUGUACAGAAACAUUGUUGAAAUAAAAUCUAAACAAUAAAACUUGAGUGCCAAACCA